AUGUCAAUAUAAAGAGAAUGGUAGAAAUUUGUGAGACCACCUCGAUAUAAUUAUAGUUACUUUGAUUUAGGUUGUUUAUUCGUUAUUAAUUGAUUAGGCCCUGAAUACAUUUAACUACAUCAAGGUUAUCUUAGGAAACACGAAAGAAUAAUUAUUAAUCGUUAAAAUUCUAAAUUAGAGAUGUCAUAUUUUGAGUUGAAUCCAAAAACACCUAAUUGUAUAGUUUAUUGUCAUGGUUAUAAUGGGUGUAGAAUAGAAGGCAUUAAAUAUGCUUCAAUAGUUGCUUAGUUUGGGUUCAAUUUUUGUACAUUUGAUUUCUAAGCAUGUGGUCAUUCUGAAGGAGAUUUUAUUACUUUUGGGUAAUAAAUAUAAUAAAAUAUUAGUCAUUUAGAAAAGGAUGAUAUAACUUCAAUAUUAGAGGAAUUAGAAAUACAAUUUCAAUAAAAAUAAUUCAUAUUAUGGGGUAGAUCUCUAGGAGCAACAACUAUUUAAUUAAAAGAAUAGCCAAAUGUUAAGGGAUUGGUAUUAGAUAGUUGUUUCACUAAUUUCAAUAAAUUAGCAAUUAGCAUAAUUUAGAAAUAAACUCGAUUACCUAAAUUUAUCAUUAAAGCAAUUAUCUUCUUAACUAAAGGAACUAUAGAAGAAGAAGCAGGAUUUCAAUUAAAUGAUAUCUAAGUUUAAUGCAAUUCAAAUAUGCCUACACUUUACAUUUGUAGCGAUAAGGAUUCCCUUAUUAAGGCAAAAAAUAGUUUAAAAUUGUAUAAAUAACACAAAGGAAUUAAAAAAUUAAUUAAAGUCGAUGGAGAACAUAAUGAUUCCCGAUCUCUGGAAAUUAUUUAAUAAAUCUGUUAAUGGUGUAAGGAAAGAGUCUAAUAAUAAUAAAUACAAUAAACCAAUUAUAUUCAAUACAAUUCAGUACCAUAAGUAGCUAGAUUACCAUUAGAAUUAAUCUAUGAUUCUAAUAUUCAGAGUGGAAUGUAAUCUUCGUAUAAUAGGUUUCCAAAGAAUCCUGCAAUUAAAUUAAAAAACUAAAUUAGUAUUUAGUUAAGAACAAGCUGCAGAAAUUUACAUACUGCAAUAUAAUACUGA